AUGGGAAAGCGAUGUAGCCUUGGCGGCGGGGGUGGGGGUGGUGCAGCUGUCUCGGGGGCCACCCCCGAGGCUAAGAAGGGUUCCAUCGGCCACAAGUGCCAGCAACAGCAGCAGCAGCAGCAACAGCAGAGCCAACACCUGCUGCAGCAUCAUCAUCAGCAACAGCAGCAGCAACAGAAGCAACAGGAGAGGGAUAAACAGCAACAGCAACAGUACCAGCAACAGCACCAGCAACAGCACAAGAGUAAGGGGUCCGCGGUGAGGGGGGGCGAGUUGGCGCCUCUGAGCAAUCUCGACGAGGAUCUGGACGAUCUUGAGGACGAAAAGGGGAUCGAGCAGAGGGGGGAGGAGGAGGAGUACGCCAAGGAGGGCGGGACCCAGCAUCGGUUGAGCCCCAGGCUGCACGAUAUCGAGGAGGAGGACGAUGAAGACGGCCGAAACACCAAGGAAAGGCCGUACCAGAAGAAAUCGCCAACCCCGAGUGGCGGUGGAGGCAGCAGAACGGGUUGGCGAUCGCGCAGAAGCAUCACCACGGCAGGUGCACCGGCUCACCAGCACCACGUGAUCGCCAGUGCCGCUGCAACUGCACAGGCAAAGAUGCAGGCCGAACAGGGGAGCAUCGGUGAGCUGCGGGGCUACCACAACCUCAGAUCCAGAAGACACACUUUGGCCAAUGUUCGAGAUGUAUAA